AUGACUGCUCGUUUAGCACAAGCAAUCCUUCCUUGCGCCCAGCCCACUCGCCGGACGCUAUUGACUCAUUCCGCAACCAGACACAUCAUCGGGCGUUAUAAUCAACCUUCCAUAAGCUGGACAGGAACCAAAUCUGUGGGCUUCUUCCAAAAAUUACGCUGUCUAACACAACCACUCCGGAAUCCUAUGUCAUUUCGAGAGAAAUCAAGCCUCUCUCCUGAAGAACGACCUAGCAAGCGGAGACGAAUUUUAGGGGCCUUUGUAAAGGAGGACACCCAGAGAGCCAUGACCAAAGACUCGACUACCUCGUCGACCGUUCCCCGAAUAACACUUACGCCCAUCGAACAGACUUUGCGAUUAUGUCUCCUUGAUGCGGUGGAGUUUAUUCAGCAACGAGACAAGGAAGAUACCCAAGCGUUGCCAACAGACGUCGAGCCACUGGUUUUACGGUUCGCUGGAGGAUGGGUGCGCGACAAGCUUCUCGGUGUUGAUAGUCAUGACAUUGAUGUAGCAAUAAACUGCAUUACGGGGGAAAGAUUCGGGGAGGGGUUGAAAGAGUAUCUGGACACCCCGGGAAACCUCGAAAAAUACAAGGCGUUUCACUCUGACCCGUCUAUUAUUGAUUGCAUCAGAAUCCAUAAGAUUGAGAAGAAUCCCGAAAAAUCGAAGCACCUUGAAACUGCCACUACGAAAAUAUUCGGCCUGGAAGUUGAUCUGGUAAAUCUGCGGAAAGAGACAUAUACUGAUGAUAGCCGCAAUCCACAGAUCGAAAUAGGCACCCCAGAGGAGGAUGCACUUCGUCGGGAUGCUACUGUGAAUGCAUUAUUUUACAACAUACAUACAGACAUGAUUGAAGAUUUCACAGGAAAGGGGUUACAAGAUUUGGAAAAUAAAAUUAUACGUACACCGAUGGCUCCCUUCCAAACUUUUAAAGAUGAUCCACUCCGAGUUCUACGGUUGAUACGCUUCGCAAGCAGACUGGGUUACAGUAUCGACAGCGACACAGAAGAGGCUAUGAAAAUUGAGGAUAUAAAAGCGGCUCUAAAAGCAAAAAUUACGCAAGAAAGAAUUGGUGUUGAGAUGGAGAAAACUCUACGAGGACCCGACCCCUUAACCGCUUUGCAGCGGAUCAACCGACUUGGUCUAUAUGAUACUAUUUUUGCUAAUCAUCGGGAUAAUGCCGGAGUUGAUACAUCAUCCUGGGAACGAGGCUAUAAUGCCCUUACGCUUUUGUUAAGCGAAUCGACUGGAAAUAUUGAUGAAUCGCAGAAAACGCGAGAAUAUGUCCGAGAUACGCUUAUCCGCGAUGAGAAUGAGAGAUAUUUUGCUUGGUUUCUCACUGCGCUUGCCCCGUGGGUCACUAUUGCGGACCCAGUACCACCAAAACCCUCAAAGCCUACAGUACCACGCGCUACAACUGUCGCUAGAGAUAGCCUUCGUGCAGACAACAAGGCUGCCAGUAUUAUCUCUGCAGCCUCCAAGAAUUAUCAGACGAUCUGGGAUAUCAAAUCAUCUUUUCUUAAGAAUGAGAUCGCCGAUACGCCUUCUGAGACCCGCGUGAAAAUUGGACUCUUCAUCCGCACCCUGUCUCAUGACUGGCGAUUAUGUUUUGUUCUUGCUAUGCUCCUUGAAGUUAUGCGGGGACAAGAAGCUGAUCAUGUAUUUCACAAUUAUGAAAAGUUGCUUUCAUACAUUGAAAAUACUAAUCUUCUCGACGUGUGCUCAUUACGAUCACCUAUCAACGGACGCGACAUCAUCAACGCUCUCGGCGUGAAGACGGGACCUUGGAUGUCCAAGGCCGUGGAUAUGGUUAUCGAAUGGCAGCUUCGCAACCCCGACGAAGCAAGUAAGGAGGCCGCAAUUAAUGAGUAUAGGAUAGCAGCUUGCAAAAGCUUGAAAGCCGUGGACGACAAAGCCAACUAUCAUCUUGAUACAUCUCAGAUUGAGUCUGAUAUAAGCCUGCCUGACCUGUGGUCCGAGAUCAGUGCAAAUGAACCCUCUCAAUGCGAAGAUCUUCUCCUCGUGGAGGCAGUCUUGAGGGCUACCAGGCAGCCCGGUUUAUUACAAAGGGAAGAUCGAGAAGCGGCAAGAUUCCUGACAUUCUGGACUGCCCGCGCUGUGCUACCAAAUGAAGAUGUUACUGUUUUAUGGGAAAACGCGCAGCUUGCCGAUAACGAAGACUCAAAACGCUCACAACCCGGAACAUACAAAUUGGCCCGACUAAAAUCAAGUGUUGGAGUAUCGGUUUUAGGACUUCUCAAUUUGAUUAGCCCUAUCGAAAACCUUGAAGACGAGGAUGCAAUUGAUGUCAUCGCCUCCCUAGCCGCCUUCACGUGCAGGAAGGACCCUUGGACGACGGAGCGUGCAUUCAAUGAGUCCUCAACUAUUCUUCAAAACUAUGAGUCAUGCCUUGGCUCAGGGACGAGAGGAGAGUUGGCUGCUAUUCAGGAAGAUAUUCUUAGAAAGAAAAUAAAGCCAUUGUUUUCGAAGACGAAGACGCCCGCGGUGACAGCUGCAGGCAGAAAAAAUGUCCACCCUCUUCCACAACCAAGAUUUGACCCGAGCAUUUUUGACCCAGAGUCCAAGCCGUGGAAGCUUAGAGAUGUGUACCUGAUUACGGUACUUUCUUGGGUUAUUGGAAGAUAUUCGCCAUCUGACAAACUCGCACUUGAAUCGCAAUUCCCUCUCCUUGUCCCAGCAAUCCUAUCCUUAAUAGAUGACGAAACCCUCUCAUUCAAGGCCAAGGGCUGCGAGUUGCUGUCGAAAUUCCUAGCUCCCCUUGAACAGUCAAACUCAGAUAUACUCCAGCGCACAAACCUGGAUUCAGUAUUCCAAGACGCUCUUAACCCUUGCCUGCUCUCCCUUCCUACAAUCACACCUGAGCCUGAAUCCAUUCAUCUUCUCCAAUAUGCCUACCCAGCACUUCACGCCGUAAUCCGCACUCGUUUCCCUUCACCCCUACUCCAACCUACAUCAACACCACUAAGACCCACCCAAUCCAGACCGAAACUAGAUUCCGAAUCUCAAAAGCGUGUGGAAUCUCUCACUAACCUCCUGCGCCACGGCAUCCUUCACUCUUAUCACCACACCAGCAACCCUCGCCCGAUUGAAAACACCUCAAUAUCCUCGUAUCCAUAUCCCCGCCUCUCUACCCUCCUUCUCUUCCAGCUCCCACCGGUCCUCUCGGAGUUAGGUAUCCACACCACCAAGCAUCUCCAAGAUCUCGUUCCGAUGAUUUCAGCCACAUUGUCCAACCCGUUUGGAACAGUAUUCCCGCCACUUCUUGCUGCGGCGGUUGAAGCGACAAGAAUGCUAGUCUUGAACGCAUGGCCGAGAAUUUGGAGGUGGCGGGCAGAGAUACUAGGCGGGUUGUGUGCCUGUUGGUUGCAUAUCUGUGAUGGUUUGGUAGAUAUAGGGAUAGGCACUGGGGGCGACAAUGGCAGUGGACAGAAGGCAGAGUUACUUCAGCUACAGGGUGGGCUUAAGGUCGUAGUUGCAGUAGUAAGGAUUGCGAUCGAGGAGUGCGUGGGUCCGGCUAUGGAGGAGACUGGUAAUGAAAUAGGAGAACAGGGUGGAGACAAGGGAGGGAAGGGACAAGUUAUUGAUGUUGAUAGUGAAUUUGGAAAGUUGGUUCAAGGGGAUACGAGGUUGAGUGGUCUGCUGAUCGAUAAUGAGUAUUUUGAUAGCAAAGAGGGGUAA